AUAUAAGUCGGUGACUAACCAUUUGCCAAACCCUCGUAAACUAACAAUUUCGUCCUUCACCCUUUUACUCCUUCCGCCAUGAAAGGAGUGCUGAACGAUGGUGGCGAGCUUCUCAAAUCGCCAUAUUUUCUCAAGAUCUCCAUUUUGCUCUUCCUCUCUAUCGCCUUCUUUUACAUCGGUAAACACUGGUCGGAUGUCAAUUCUCAGCAACUCCUUUUCUUUACUUCUUCCUACUCUCGUUAUCCUCCUUCAAUCUCUAUCUCCCCUAACUUUAACAAAAAUGUUGACGUUUUCUCUCUUAUCAACUCCACGUCUCCUCUCUCUUCGGAUUUGCUAAAACCUCAGGAUUCAAAUCCGCCACCGAAAGUGGAGGAAAAACCAUUGAAGAAGUUUGGAAUUGUUGAUGAGAAUGGAUCAAUGACGGAUGAUUUUGAGAUCGGAGAGUUUGAACCUAAUGUGGUGGAGGAUUUGGGAAAUUCGAGUGAUUCUAGGGUUGUAGAAUCGGAAACUAGAGUUAAAGUUAGGGUUUCGAGGUUUCCGAUUUGUGAUGAUGGUUUUAGAGAGUAUAUUCCUUGCAUGGAUAAUGAGCAGGCUAUAAGAAUGUUGCCUUCGACGGAGAAAGGUGAAAAUUUUGAACGGCAUUGUCCUGAGAAAGGAAAGGAUUUGAAUUGUUUGGUUCCGGCGCCGAAGAAGUAUAAAACUUCGAUUCCUUGGCCACAAAGCCGCGACGAGGUAUGGUAUUUUAAUGUUCCUCAUACACGUCUUGUUGAAGAUAAAGGAGGUCAAAACUGGAUGACCCGAGAGGAGGACAAAUUUAAGUUUCCUGGAGGUGGUACACAAUUCAUACAUGGUGCAAAUCAAUAUUUGGAUCAGAUUUCACAGCUGUUCCCUGAAAUUGCAUUUGGCAAACAUACCCGUGUUGUACUGGAUGUUGGAUGCGGUGUUGCUAGCUUUGGCGCGUACCUUAUGUCACGAAGUGUCAUCACUUUGUCAAUCGCUCCAAAGGAUGUUCAUGAGAAUCAGAUUCAGUUUGCACUUGAGCGAGGAGUGCCGGCAAUGGUGGCAGCUUUUGCUACUCACCGCUUACUAUAUCCAAGUCAGGCUUUUGAUAUGAUACAUUGCUCAAGAUGCAGAAUCAAUUGGACUCGUGAUGAUGGAAUUCUUCUACUCGAGGUCAAUAGAUUGCUGCGGGCUGGAGGCUAUUUUGUUUGGGCAGCGCAGCCAGUUUAUAAGCAUGAAGCUAUUUUAGAAGAACAAUGGAAAGAGAUGCUUGAUCUUACAAAUCGUCUUUGCUGGGAGCUGGUGAACAAGGGAGGAUAUAUUGCAAUAUGGAAAAAGCCCUUGAACAAUAUUUGUUAUCUGAGUCGUGAAGCUAAUACUCACCCUCCUCUCUGUGAUAAAGAUGAUGAUCCAGAUGAUGUUUGGUAUGUGAAUCUCAAGCCAUGCAUCUCUCGUCUUCCUGAUAAUGGUUAUGGUGGAAAUGUAACAAACUGGCCAGCAAGAUUGCAUGCCCCACCUGAGAGGUUGCAGAGUAUCCAAAUUGAUGCCUACAUAUCUAGGAAAGAUCUCUUUAAGGCUGAUUUAAAAUAUUGGAAUGAAAUUAUGGAUGUCUAUAUUCGUGAUAGGCAUUGGGUGACCAUGAAAUUCAGAAAUGUAUUGGACAUGAAAGCUGGCUAUGGAGGAUUUGCCGCUGCUUUGAUUGAUAACAAUAUAGAUUGUUGGGUUAUGAAUGUGGUUCCUGUCAGUGGGCCAAACACGCUGCCAGUUAUCUAUGACCGUGGAUUGAUUGGGGUCAUGCAUGACUGGUGUGAACCCUUUGAUACUUAUCCAAGAACUUAUGAUCUAUUGCAUGCCUCUGAUCUCUUUGCAAUUGAGCGAAAAAGGUGCAACGUCUCGAGCAUCAUGCUUGAGAUGGACCGGAUGCUAAGGCCAGGUGGGCAUGCAUUCAUUCGUGAUACCAUCACUGUUAUCAAAGAACUUUUAGAAAUUGCAAAGGCAAUGGGAUGGAGAGCAACUAUUCAUGAGACAUCUGACGGACCUUAUGCGAGUUAUAAGAUCUUGGCAUGCGAUAAACUGCUCUUUCGGAGAUAGCCAUCAUAAUAAGUUCAAAAUACCUUGUAAAUUUUGUUGAAAAAAGGAAGUCGUGUUUAAGGUCAUGUUGUCAUUUGUGACUUGAGACGCCUUUGAAGAUUUGUUGUGGUUUGUCAAGAUAUCAAAUUGGAUAACAACUAACAAAAAACCAAGGUAGUGAAUUAAAAUAGGCAAAAGAUUCAUUAAAUUCAUUUACUAGGGUAUAGCCGUAUAGGAAAUAUACUUAUAUUGGGCUAUUCUUUGUACUUUGCGAGGGAUGAGGACUCCACAAACUGGGGCUUCGCUAAGCAAAUGCAAAAAUUAUUUGCAUAAUGUCGUACUUCAUAUUGGA